UAUCUCCUCUCAACUCAUUUCUUCCUCUCCAUUCAUCCAUCUCUUUCUCUCGCUCUCUCUCUCUCUCUCUCAAGACUGAAUGGGCAAUGUCGGGUCUAUUACAUGUGCUGUCUUUCUCAAGCUCAAAGCUGAUAGUUUGCUUGAUGGGUAAACGUGUUUUCAUGCCCCCAUCUUACUCACAGCCAAAGAUACACUACUCACCAUUUCUUCACCAGGCAAGACAUUUUGAGCUGUAAUCUACUUGUUUCUUUUAUCUAGAUAACGAUGGUUAUGUCCAUCCCAAUUCAAACAUGUUUCUUUCUUGCAGAUACAUAUCAUUUGAUUCGGGUGACAAAGUUACGGUGGCAACUAAGAUCAUACGGGGAAGUAAAUAUAUAUAUUUUCAAGAUGGCACCCUCAUAGAAGUUUUAUUUUUGCAGAUGUCACUCUCACUUUUGCUUUUCAACCCAACAAUAGCCAUUGCCAAUUCAAGCAUCUGAGCGCCUAUAAGAGGAAAAAAUGUUCCCUUCAAGCCACAAUGCUAAUGAUCCAAACAUUGUUUCCUUGCCCUUCCUUGGUGACCUUAUCACUAAUUCCAAGCAAGACCAAGACCUACUUCUCCCUCUCUCCCUUUUCAAUUUCCCUUCCUCCCCCUUCUCCUUCUUCACUGAAGAAGAUGGUGCGGUCUUCCUUCAGCCCUUGACGGAUCACUCGUUGCCCGAUACCAAGGUCGACGCCAUGGAGCCGAGCAAGCAGUUCUUAGGCAUGAACCAACCGACAAAUGAUAAGAAGAGAGAGCAUCACCCAAGCAAGAAUAUUACCAAGCAAUUUGUCCCGAGGAAGAGAUCCUCAAAGAAGGACCGGCACAGCAAGAUCAACACCGCCCAGGGCCCCCGGGACCGGAGAAUGAGGUUGUCCCUCGAUGUUGCCCGCAAGUUCUUCUACCUACAAGACAUGCUGGGAUUUGACAAAGCUAGUAAGACGGUCGAGUGGCUGCUCAACCAGUCAAAGUCUGCGAUCAAGGAGCUCUCGAAAGAUUUGAUCAGUAACAACACUUGCAAGUUAGCUGGCGAAGAGUCUUCCCCUUCCGAGUGUGAUGUCGUGUCUGGAGUCUUUGAUGAGUCGGUUGAUGCUUUUAAUAAUGAUGGAGAUCAACCAGAUAAACCUGAGGACGAUUCCAAAGGGUUUCAGUCGGAAACACCUUCUAGGAAGGUGAGAAAGGCUAGUAGCUCACAAGCUUCCACACGGAGAAUCUCCCCGACGCACCUAGCAAGAGAAUCUAGAGAGAAAGCAAGGGCGAGGGCAAAAGAGCGGACUAGGGAGAAGAUGUUGGUCCGAGAGCUCAAUAUUAAUAAUGGAUCAAAACCAUUUGAAAUGGGUGAAGAGCCAGGGACAGGUCAAUUAGGGAACAACAACAUGAAAUUAUCCUCCAUGGAAGUGCAAGCCGAAGUUGGAGAAGCAAAGCAAUUAGGGGCAAUGACAGAACAAACGAUCGACAAUUCUUUGGCAUUCACGAGCAAUUACAUGCAAAGUAAUGUUCUCCAAGAGAAUCAGUUCAGGGACUUCCCAUUGUACCUCAGGUCAUCGGAGGCAUUCAGUGGCUCUUCAUAUCUUUUCUAACAGCAGGAGCAAAAGAUGUGUAACCAUUUGGAGGGAACUGAAUAAGCUAUGGAUUGGUACGAUUUAAACAGACAUUUGUAGGUAGAUAUCAUAUGAUUGUGCUAUUGUCUUGUUUAAUUCGGAUGAUUGUGUUGAUGGUUGUUAUGCAAAAUACAGUACGUUGCAAAUAGAGAUAAGAUUUCAAUAUCUUCCUAUCGAAAUUGUUGUGUUCAGUUGUAGCAUCAAAAGAUAAUAAUGGUACAAGAUCAUCACAAAAAUUAUGCAUAGGGUCCUGUUUAGUUCGAAGGAUCGAUAAAUUGAUGUGGAAUUGAUUCUUCAGCGAAAUUGGUCCGACUGUGUAUAUAAUUAGAAAAUGCAAUCAUUUCGCAGGGUUAUUCCCAAUUUCCAUUCA